GAGGGCAGGGGAUUCGCCACUAGCACCACCGCCUCCAGAGUUUCUCUUGUGGAUGCACAGCCCCAGUGACUCCGCUCCUCCCGGCGCAGAGGGGCUCCAAGAGGCCGGAGGAGCGCACUCGGGACGGGAUUUCCGAGGAAAGGGAGAGGAAGGGCGCCCCACCCGCUCUAGAGGGGUUCAGUGAACGAUGAAGGGCCGGCGGCGGCGGCGGCGCCGAGAGUACUGCAAGUUCGCGCUGCUGUUGGUGCUGUACACGCUGGUGCUGCUGCUCGUCCCCUCUGUCCUGGACGGCGGCCGCGACGGGGACAAGGGCGCUGGGCACUGCCCGGGCCUGCAGCGCAGCCUGGGAGUGUGGAGCCUGGAGGCGGCGGCGGCGGGCGAGCGCGAGCAGGGCGCCGAGGAGCGGCCCGCCGCGGAGGAGGACGCGGGCCGGUACCCCAGGUCCCGGGGCAACCUCAACGGCGCCGUCGGGGAGGCGGCGUCUCGCGAAAAGCAACACAUCUAUGUGCACGCCACCUGGCGCACGGGCUCGUCGUUCCUGGGCGAGCUCUUUAACCAGCACCCGGACGUUUUCUACUUGUAUGAGCCCAUGUGGCAUCUGUGGCAGGCGCUGUAUCCGGGAGACGCCGAGAGCCUGCAGGGCGCGCUGCGCGACAUGCUGCGCUCGCUCUUCCGCUGCGACUUCUCGGUGCUGCAGCUGUACGCGCCGCCGGGGGAUUCCGCCGCGCGCGCCCCGGACGCGGCCAAUCUCACCACAGCCGCCCUCUUUCGCUGGCGGACCAACAAGGUCAUCUGCUCGCCGCCGCUGUGCCCCGGCGCGCCCCGGGCCCGCGCCGAGGUCGGCCUCGUCGAGGACGCCGCCUGCGAGCGCAGCUGCCCACCCGUGGCUCUCCGCGCCCUGGAGGCUGAGUGCCGCAAGUAUCCGGUGGUGGUCAUCAAGGACGUGCGCCUCCUCGACCUGGGCGUGCUGGUGCCCCUGCUGCGCGACCCCGGCCUCAACCUGAAGGUGGUGCAGCUUUUCCGCGACCCGCGGGCCGUGCACAACUCGCGCCUCAAGUCUCGGCAGGGGCUGCUGCGCGAGAGCAUCCAAGUGCUGCGCACCCGCCAGAGGGGCGACCGCUUCCACCGCGUGCUGCUGGCGCACGGCAUGGGCGCUCGACCCGGGGGCCCGUCCCGCGCACUGCCCGCCGCCCCGCGCGCCGACUUCUUCCUGACCGGCGCGCUCGAGGUGAUCUGCGAAGCCUGGUUGCGCGACCUGCUGUUCGCGCGCGGCGCGCCAGCGUGGCUACGGCGCCGCUACCUGAGGCUGCGCUACGAGGACCUGGUGCGGCAGCCGCGCGCCCAGCUGCGCCGCCUGCAGCGCUUCGCAGGGCUGCGCGCGCUCGCCGCGCUCGACGCCUUCGCGCUCAACAUGACGCGCGGCGCGGCCUACGGCGCGGACCGGCCCUUCCACCUGUCGGCGCGCGAUGCCCGCGAGGCCGUGCACGCCUGGCGCGAGCGCCUGAGCCGAGAGCAGGUGCGCCAGGUGGAGGCCGCAUGCGCCCCAGCCAUGCGCCUGCUGGCUUACCCUCGCAGCUGGGAAGACGGCAACGCCGAGCCGUCCGAGGACGAGGAGACGCCGUUGGAGACGGGGGCCGACGGCGCCACGUAGCCCCGCUCCCGCGCGCCCGGGACGGAUCCGGGUCAGUCACCACGAACCAGGCCACUCAGCACGUUGUCCCAGCAUUGGAGAAGCCAUGCUGUGGAGGCAGUCUAUCACUGUCAGAGACUGGGGCUUGACUUGGUACCAACUGCUGUGCUAUUCUGCGGAGCAGGAAUAUUAUGAGCUGUUAAAUAAUGACUGACACAUUGGUUGAAAUGAAGUUUCCAGUAAGGAAGUGACAGUGCAAUGUGGAUAAUUAUGGCAAUAAAAUAGGAAGAGCUUUAGUUCCCAGCCUGACCCUGCCUCUGCUGGAGCCAUGUCAACAAGGCGUUCUCAGAACAAAGAAGAGACGUGAUUUGGUACCAUUUCCCAUCAGCAGGUGUCUGGACAAAACAUCAAUGUGAAUAAGGUUCAAGUGCAGUCCUGUGUAUCUUGAUUAAAUUACUUAAUAUUAAAUAAAAGGUCUGGGUGGUAUUUUUUAAAAUCUGACUCAUCCAGCUCUAAUUCAAAUAGCUCCCCUCACCCCGACCCUUGAAUGGAGUUUUAAAAAGUAAUUUCUCUCCCUGCGGUGGGAGAACCCUAAAGAACUGAAAGAAAUUUUUGCUUUUAAAUUGUUCUAUCUGAUGUUUUUGUAAAUUAUAUUAUUAAAUGACUCUGGAGUCACUGUUAAUGACAA